GUUUAGAGAGCAGUCAGUAUGGACCCUCUCUUCCUCAAUCUGAGCCUGCCACAGCAGGCUGUUGCUGCCACUUCCACACCUCCAGUUGCAAAUCAGGUUAAUGGCCUUCCACAGGAGUCAAAACUCGCCACAUAUAUUAGUAACCGACACCAGCUGCCAGCCACCUCACAACCACAGCAGCAGCAACAGGAGCAUUCCCUCACCAAGAGCAUCGCUGCUCUUAGCCUGGAUGGGGUUGGAACGAGGAAAAUCAGUGUGCCAUCAGUGAGUAGUAUAGCAGAGUUUGUGCCAGGGUCAGGUGGAAGUGCUGGCCUGGCCCACUCUGCCUCCACGCCCUCCUUCCAUUCAUUCACUGGGCUCGGCUCGCCCUCCACACCAUCCUCGCUGAGUUUCACCCCUAUGACCGGCACUUCCCCAGCAGCCACAGUGGCAUCUCCCCAACGGCCUGUUUCUCCCCAAGGGUCACCAAGCAGGGGACGGCACUCCCCUCUGGUGGGGGGUGGAGACGACACAAGCAAUGCUUCCAGUUUGUCCACCUACCAAGAGAAUGUAGGGGGCACCACCUACUUCUUCACUGCCCAGGACCAGCAGUCAUUCACAGCUGGGGCAGCUCCUUCGCCUGCCCCAUUCACAGCUGGUCCACCUCCCCUGGUGUUCCCACCUUAUCACAUUCUACCGCCCACACCUGCCCAUAUCCACCACUUGCGUGCACCCAGCAACACGCCGCACUUCUUUAUGGGGGAUGAAUUGCGGCAUGACCUGUUGGAGAGACAUGCUCUGGCUCUGGCUCAUGUUGACCCAGAGAAUUUUCCUGAUUUACCACAAGAGGUUGACAUGUACCAUGAGUUGGUGCCCCUUGAACCUCAGCCUGCGAUAAACAAAUCAUCUAUGUUUGGAUAUGCUACCUCCGUUUACAAGGCGACCAAUAUCAAGACAGGGCUUCAUUACUGCCUUUAUCGUAUUCAUGGCUAUCGGCUGAGUAACGUGAAGGUCACCCAGCUGGUGGAUCUGUGGAAGAAAAUUCAACAUUCCAGUGUAACUCAGUUGCGAGAAGUGUUCACCACGAAGGCCUUUAAUGAUAACUCAAUUGUGUUUGUCUAUGACUAUCAUGCCGGAGCAGAGACCUUGGCUGCUCGUCACUUCUCCUCGCCAGCAGCACUGAGUGCCAGUGGGUGGGAGGGGCUUGUCAACUCACAUGGAGGGACAAGCGGGAACAGUCCCCAUGACCCAUCGUCCAGGAGCUUACACAAGAGCCAUCGCCACAAUUCCGGGAGCAGUCUGUUGCCAGAGGCGACCCUCUGGAACUACAUAAUCCAACUCACUGGGGCAUUGAGGACCAUCCACACUCAGGGUCUCGCUUGUCGCACACUAGACCCAUCCAAAAUUCUCCUUACAGACAACAAGUCAAGAAUCAGGGUGAACUGCUGCGGGAUUCUUGACGUGUUAAACUUUGAUCCGAAUGCUGCCAACCCCCUGGCCAACAUGCCUCAGUAUCAGCAAGAGGAUUUAGUGAACCUUGGGAAACUAAUGGUGGCUCUGGCAUGCAAUUCCAUUCUGGCGCUGCAACGAGACAACAUCCAGGCCGCUCUGGAACUCAUCAACAGAUCAUACUCACGGGAUUUGGCUAUGUUGGUAGUUUGUUUGCUCACCUCUCAGCGCAUCAAAAGCAUUAAUGAUGUUAUGCCAAUGAUUGGUGCCAGGUUCUACACUGCUCUAGAGAGUGCCACGCAGAGAGCAGAUGUUUAUGAGAGCGAGCUGUCCAAAGAAAUACACAAUGGUAGACUUUUCCGUCUCUUGACAAAGUUGAAUACCAUUGUUGAUCGACCAGAACUCAAUAUGGACACAGCCUGGUGUGAGACAGGAGAUAGAUAUAUGCUGAAACUCUUCCGUGAUUAUGUGUUCCAUCAGGUAACUGAUGAUGGAAGACCGUGGUUGGACUUGGGACAUGUGGUGACUGUUCUGAAUAAGUUAGAUGCAGGGUCUCCUGAUAAGAUUUGUUUGAUGUCUCAUGAUGAGCAAAACAUCCUGGUGACCUCCUAUGCAGAAUUAAAAAGGUGCUUCGAACGCUCCUUUGCCGAGCUGCUGCAGGCAGCAUCUUCACAUAAGGCAACAUAACCCUAUACAAAGGGGUGGUUGACUUCUUGACCCUCCAAUAAGCAAUGGGAAACAAUCAUCUCAAAGCCACUUAUUUUAUCUGAUGGAAUUUACUCAUUUUUUGAUGCAUCGGAGGGGUUGGGAAAAGGGAUGAAGAUGAAGGUACAGUAGUGGUAAUGGUCCAUGUAUUAAACUUACCAAUCCAUGUAAAAUAAAAGACAAGUUUAUUUUGCUACUAAAUAACCAUUGGUGAAGACUGUUUGUAACUUGAAUCAGUGAAAGUUUUGUGUCAUUGAUUGAAGAGCAGUGAGGUUUCUUCUCAGUAGAAUUGUAUUAGGACUUGGUUUUUGGCUGGUCUGAGCUGGGAAGAUGAAAGUUUCAGUGAGGAUUGUACACGGGAAGACAAAUAGAAUGGACGUUAAUGCUC